AUGAGUCGCCUUGAGAGUCGAGCACAGUCAUUUUCACAGAUUUCUCUUGAACAUGGUUUACACCAAGCUUCGGCUCUUGCGGCGAUGACCCUCUUGAUCACCGCCCAUAGAGCAGUCAUGAACAGUGGUUUUACCCUGCGUCGCAAAGGAUUUUCAACUGACACCCGCGUCUCAGUCGCGAUCGGGUCGAUUACAUCCAUCUGGACACUCUUGGUAUUAAUAAGCGCGAUAGUCGUCGGCGAACAACCAUGCCGUAAGGGCUUCGAGCAGUGCGCUGCAAGGCUGUCGUACGUCCCUUGGAUCAUGCAGGUCUUGUUCUUCUUUUGGAUCAUAGGAUUCAUGAAUGAAAUAUGCUAUCUAUGCUGGAAAGCAAAGACCAGAGCGGGGAAUGUCGAUACAACAACAGCACCAGCGGUUACAGCUAGCAUGCAACCAAAACGUAGUACACCAUCCACUACAACCUCUGAAGAGACUGGAGAUCAGAUAGACCUUGAAGCCAGAACUCCCCGUUUCUCUGCUGAGCGAAGAAUGGUACUUUACAUAUCAAUCUGGAAGCACUUGCGUAUUUGGAAGCUAGAAUGCUCACAAGGCCCCCGAAACUGGUCUGGCUCCAUUAGCAGAGGCUUCCGCUGGUCUCUCAACUGCAUAAUCAGCUCGAUUGUCGUCGUCGUGAGCUAUGCCGCAAUCAGACAGAAGUUAUAUACUGUCAGUCUUCUUAAUUUGGUUGGCGUGGCUUUGUUUAUUGUGGGUGCAGCUGGAGCCAAUAAAUACGCCACCGCACCGCACAUCUAUACCGCCGAUACUUUGCGUAUCAUGCUACAUACACGCCAUCGAGAAGGUACAUGCUUUAUUCUACCCUGUGACACAACUGGUUUCGACGCAGUAUGGGGCCCAAAAAUUGAAUAUGAGAAUCGCUUAUUGGAUGAGGCUAUGGAUCAGGCCGAGGUGGAGCAGGCUGGUAGAGAUACUGGGACACGGUAUUUAAUCAACAUGGACAAGGUAUUGGCCGCCUUCAACUCGUCAACAGACUUGGAUAUUGAGGAUGUUGUACACAUCGCUGGGUGGUUAUAUGAGCCAGAACGACAUCCUAAGAUGCAAAAGAUCGUUUGCAAGAGAAUGGCAGAGUAUCAUCUGAUAAACAAAAGCAUCAUCGAUGCUCUGUGGCACGCCGAGUAUCUUGUAUUCAUGCGAAUGGGUCAUUUACCAGAUAAUUUGAAGAAGUUUGCCGGUACUCUUCGAUCGCGACGCGGUACCGGCCUGGAUCUGGACAGCAAACACCGGCAAAUUGGCGCAAAACCGGGGCUCCAGGGCUACCAGGAGGCUGUUCGCUACGUCUAUCGACUUUUCAAUGAGAGGGUCGAUCAGAAUGCCCUCGUACCAAACUCCCAGCCACCGAAAAGAAGCUGUAUUCUGAGUCCAUGUCCUACCUCCAUUGAUGAAUACUUUGCGCAGCUAUGGGAGUACUGCUUCGAGAAGCAUGAAUCUACUUUUGCAGCACUUUCAGCCUUUUUAGCAUAUCGGACAGAGGACAUCGGGAACGAUGUCCAAAAUGGCUGGGGCCCGUUUCCUCUGAGAGCUUGGGACCGUGAAGGGGACAUUAUCAGUUGGCAUGUCGUAUGGAGGCAGGCGUGGUACAGUGCCGUGAUUGCACAGCUAACAAGUAUGAGUCCCAUUAUCCUCAGCGCCUUUCUUGCAGGGAUAUUGCAGUAA